CACACAGACUACAGUCAUUCACUGUGGGUUUGUGAGGUUGUACGGUGUGUGUGUGGUGUAAGUUACAAGACUGUAGUCAACACACACACAGACUACAGUCAUUCACUGUGGGUCUGUGAGGUUGUACCGGUGUGUGUGGUGUGAGUUAGAGGACUGUAGUCAACAGACACACACAGCAGUCAUUCACUGUGGGUUUGUGAGGUUGUACGGUGUGUGUGUGGUGUAAGUUAGAGGACCGUAGUCAACACACACGCACAGGCUACAGUCAUUCACUGUGGGUCUGUGAGGUUGUACGGUGUGUGUGGUGUGAGUUACAGGACUGUAGUCAACACACGCGCUACAGUCAUUCACUCUCGGUCUCUUUAGGUUGCACGGGCGAUCUUUGUGUGUGUGUGUGACCUGUGUAUGUGUGCGUGUGUGUAGCUAUCCACAGCUGUUAGGGGAGACAAAGGCGGCCGGGCGUGGUUCUGGCCACCCCCUUCAUCGGUUUGCUACUUGCUUACAGAUGUUGGGGUUUGGGGGGAGGUAUUUUGUCAUUGUCCGUAAACACUCUAUUACAACUCACCGAUGAUACGACGGAAUGGUCGGUGUGGAUAACACCACGCCCGACCGCCUUUGUCUCCCCCAGCGCUGAUGUGUGUGUGGUUUUUGGCACCCCCCCCUUCCCCCCUCCCUCCACCAGGUACGGGCAUUCAUCAUUGCCUCGGGAGGGGUGAGAGAUGUCUGCUCGGCGGAGUUUGGAGCCAUCCAUUGAGUUAGCAGCCCCUGGGCCAUGGAGGGGAUGAAGGAGGGAGACCGGGCUCCCGGGAGACCCCCCGCGGUCUCGGGCAAGAGAGGCCGGCGGGCACCUGCCCCGGGCAGCGAGGAGCUGUGCUGCUGCGAGUUCGUCAACAGGCAAGGACAGACGACUCACUUGCUGGCGUGCUGCUGUGACUGCGAGGAGCUGGACUCCACCUGCGACAGCUGCUUCAGGUGUCAGGGCGUCGGCCUCGCCUCGCUGCAUUCGCUGUGCGACGACAUCACCGACCGGAUCCGCGUGCCGCGGUGGUGCCCGGCGGUCGGCCGCAACGCCACCGGCACCGGCACCGCCAGAGCGAACGGCGGCGCUCGCCGCCUGCUGACCCCGGCGGACGCGGCCUCCAUCCCGCCGGUGCUGCUGCUCCCGGCCGCCCUGCGGGUCGCGGCGCUCCACCCGGCCGCCACCCUCGCCGCGGCGCUCGCGGCACCAGCGCUGCUGCUCGCCUACUUCCUCGCCACGCACCGCCGCCGUCGCCGCUCCCCCUUCUUCCUGCGUCUGGGCCUCGCCUCGCUGCUCUACCUCUACGCCGUGUUCUCCUGGGAGCUGUGGUGGCGGCGGGGGCGGACGUGGUUCCGAGACGCGACGGAGAUGGCGAUGACGAGCGGAGGAGGAGGAGGAGGAAUCGGCGACGGACAGUGGCUGUGCGUGACGGCCCUCUUCGCGGCCGUGCUGCUGCUGCUGCACUGCUCACGACGCGACCCGGGAUACCUGGACCCCAGCGAUGCCGAGGAGGGGGCGGCUGGCUCUCCCGGUAGCGAGCGUCGUGCCUGUGAGGUGUGCGGCGCGAGGCGCCCUGCGCGGGCCGGGCAUUGCCGCGUGUGCGAUCGCUGCGUGCGGAGGUUCGACCACCACUGCGUCUGGAUCGACAGCUGCGUGGGCGAGGGAAACCACGUGUGCUUCGUGGCGCUGCUGGCGCUGUUCGUGGCCACGGUGUGCGUGGGGCUCGCACUGGCGCUGCCGAUCGUCUGCCCCGGCUCCCCGCUCGCGCUGGCGCUCGUCUACUGCCCGCAUGCCUACGAGCGCGCCGAGGAUGCGCUGGUGUACGCGUGCGCCGUGUACGCGGCGCUGGCCGCCGUCUUCGUGUCGCUCCUCCUCUGCGUGCAGCUCUGGCACGUCGCCCGCAACGAGACGCAGCGCGAGGCCGCGCUGGCGGCGCGCGGGGGCCACCGUCACGGGGGCCACCGGAGCCACGACCGCGGGGUCGUGCGGAACUGCAAGGAGUUCUUGAUGCUGGGGCGCGAGCGAUCGCGAGGGAAGAGCGCGGCGGAGAUCGUGUGACGGAAUGGGUCGUUGAGCGAGCAAGCGAGUGAGCGGGCGGGCGAAUCGAUCGAUGGCUUGGCCAGUAACCGCGCCUCCCAAACUAAGGUGCUCUUAAGAAACCUAGGUUUCAGUGCAGUUGCUCUAGACUCCUAAAGCAACUAUCACGAGAGUGAUGAAGUCACGGAAAACCACCAAGUUGAAUACAGACACAUGGACAAACACGAAGACGGACACACAUACGAAUCGGACACACGGACAAACACAGAGGCACACGUGAAUAAGACAAAGACUCCCCAGCAAGUGCUGUUAGCAAGUAGCACCUAUGAUGGCCGGCACGGCAUACGAGGGGGUGGGUGGACAGUACCACGCCCGGCCGCCUUUUUUUCUCCCCAAUGGCGAUGUUUACACAUCGCACCAGGCACUCAUUUGAGGCUGAGUCGACCUAGGGUGAGCGUGAAUCGAAUUCGGGUCGCCGGGUUAGUUGCGAAUCAGGAGAUGACAGAUUCCCCCUUGCUUACAUGAACCGGGAUACACACUUAACUUUUUGACUUCAUAUUUUCUUUUUUAAAUCAAAGUUGUUUCUUGCCAUUUUGUAGAGAUUCCACAUUUUAGAGUAAGGUGCCAGUCAACCCCUGACUUCCCAAAGGUUGUGGCACUCAUUUUAUCGACCACGUAAGGGGUGAUGGGCUAGCAAGAACUCUAUUGGUUCCAAAAGAAAACACUAUCGAGACCUGGCAGACACAACCAUCGUGGAGAUCCAUGUGUUGAUUGGUGUAAUUGCAAGCAUGCAGUUAGUGUUGUUCGACAUAUUGGCUCCAUCUGGAGUGUUAUUCAGUUGAACCUUUUAGAUUCAAUGUGCUCUCCUUCGCGGGAAUAACGUGACGAACACUUUUACAAACGCAAGCACUGUCCGCAGCUGAUUAGAAAACGCAUCUGCCAGAAAAGUGCACACCGGACAGAGACAAUAAUGAUUUCUUUUUUCAAAAUCAGCUCAGGGUUCCCGUAAAUCGCGUGGCUUCUGUGUGGCCACCCGCACUCUGAAUCUCUCCCCUACCCCCAAAUAUUUGGGGGCUUUUUUAAAAUUCCUGUGAUGUAAGUUGUCUCGGGUGAAAUACGUUGGCUCUGCUUUGACAGUCGUCAGUGGAGUGCAGCCACAAAUGUGCCUCACGGAGAGAUUCUGAGCGAUCAGUUUGCCCACCGGGGGACAAACGGUUCCACGUUUAAGCGUGCUGUACACAAAUAACACAUUUCCUUUAAUGGUUUAUUAUUAUUUUCAAAUUUACAAGCACACAGUGUGCGCACUUACGUCGUAAAGUUGCGCGUGUUUUCAAUUGUCAUUUUUUUUCAGAGUGAUAGAUGCAAAGACAAAGAUCCCCCGGAUAGCCUUGAACAGACUUUUAGGGCAAGUUACUGUUAGCAAGCGCCUCUGAAUGCCGGCACGGCACACAAGGAGGAGUGGUGAGGCCAGAACCACGCCCGGUCGCCUUUGUCUCCCUCGUGGCGAUGUUUUCACAUCCCACCAGGUACUCAUUUACUGCCGAGUCGACCUAGGGGAGGCCCAGGUACGGUGCAGAUAAUCGUCACUGGUGUCGGCUGUGAGCGGGAAUUGAAGCAGGGUCGCUGGAUUCGUAGCGCAGCGCUAGCUCAGCACGACACUACCGCUUCCCCUAGAAUAACUCGAUAGUGAUAUACCACACAGGGCAGGGGGAGCGUUGGUGCAGUAGUUCGCGCGCCGUUACAUGAACCCGAGUGCAAUUCCAGUUUGAGUUAAGAGCCCACGGCUGACGUCGGCGGCGAGUGUGUUGCCCAGAGCCAGUGUCAUGUGCCCUUCCUUCGCCAACCGGCAAUGAUCAUCGUGGUGAAGUAUGGUCAAGCAACCCUCCGCCAAUCCACCCCCACACCCCAUUGCAUAUGCGGUAUUGGGGGUAGGGAAUGCCUUCAUCCGACAGUUGACAAAGUUGUUCAAGUUAUUAUUUAUUGUACGAGUAUGUUUAUGAUAUUUGCUGUGCGUCACGCACACUGUAGAAUUAUUAUCUUGGUUCACUGUGAUUUUUCCACGAAUUAUAAUCAUAAAAAAUAAAGUCGUUGCUGUUUAAUGGUGGUGUACUGUUACUUAUUAGUGCUAGUUUUAACUGUGUUAUUUAAGCACCUCUGUUGUUUCUAAGGCGUAACUUACAGCAAGGGUAAGGACAAUAAACAAUGUUCGGGUUCUCACAA